AGCCCAUUGUCACUCCCUACGCUCCCUAAAGCAUGCGGUAACACUGCUCCCUCAAUCCUCUGCAUCGACACUUCACCAUCCCAUCCGUCCAUCGCGCAACCAUGCAGCCCCGUCUGUUGCACUCGCUCGCGCGCGCCGCGCCAAUGGCCAAGCCCCCUUUCAGGGCCUCACACUUCCAGACUAUCCUCGCGAGGACUUCGUCGCCGACUCAGCGCCUGUCCCUGUCACCCCUGACAUGCCGGAGAUCUAUAACGCUGGGCAAGAAGCAACGCAUAGAAGAGAGAACCGGCACAAACUCGUAUGCGCAGCCGGCCUCUGAGUUGAACCAGGAGGUCACUGAGGAGGAGACAAGGGACUACGAGGAGAAGGUUGUCGAGGACACCAAGGCAAAGCAGAUCCGCACGCCAUGGCACCGAGAGGGGUCGGAUCAGCCGCCAGUUGCGCGGCAGCGGUCCGCUGGCGCCAUGACGAAGGGAAAGCUCUUGACUACGCCCAGUCGCAUGCUCAAGUUGAUACUACCUCUCUCGACGAAAGACCAUAAUGACGAUCGCAAGAACGUCGAGCCUCUCGCUCUCCUCGUACACCCCCAGCAGCCGCUCUCCUACCUCGAGCGGUUAAUUCAGUCUGAACUUCCUAGUAUAAACGUAGAUGGAAAAGACAAGAUACCCAGCGUCUAUUUCCGCGCCGAGGACUCGACGCAAGACGGCAUGCAGCCCAAGAAGACGACGCCGGUCGAGGACCGGAGUAUAGCUAAGGAGGAAUCCCACGAGGAUAUCGAAGAUAAUGAUAAUAAUGACUUGGAGAACCCCGACUCCACCCGUAUCGGGGGACAAACUCACAAGACGGGCAAGCUGAACCGCAAGACGCCGGAAGAGGCCAACAAGCUGCGCGGCGGCUACGGCGAAGGCGGCGUCGAAUCCUACAGCGGGCUGGGGCACGAAGCGCCCACGCACAAGACGAGCGAGCGGCGCUUCGUGCGGUGGUCGACGUCGACCGAGAUCGGCGACUUCAUCCGGGACGCAGCGCGCGGGCAGGAAUUCGCCGUCGAGAUCGAGGGCGCGCCGUACGACAUCCGCGUCGGCGUGCCCAGCUUCAACGACCGCACUUACUACCUGCGCAUGCGGCUGCGCGGGUCGUGCAAGAAGAUCGCGGCGCUCGCGGACGUCAAGCGCGAGUGCGACCACCUGGCGCAUAAGGGCGCGCAGCGCGUUGCUGUGGGCGGACUGGGUCUCGUGCUUGCGUGGUGGGGGACCGUGUACAAGCUGACGUUUGGCACCGAUCUGGGGUGGGACGUCAUGGAGCCCGUCACGUACCUCGUCGGCCUCAGCACGCUGAUCGGCGGCUACAUCUGGUUCCUGUACCACAACCGCGAAGUGUCGUACCGCAGCGCGAUGAACUUCACCAUCUCACGCCGGCAAUCCCGCCUGUACAGCGAGCGCGGCUUCGAGCUGCAGAAAUGGGAGGCCCUGAUCGAGGAGGCGAAUAUGCUGCGCAAGGAGAUCAAGAUGGUCGCGAAUGAGUACGACGUCGAGUGGGAUGAGCUGCAGGACGAGCACGCGGAGAAGGUCGCGGAGGCGUUGCGCAAGGAUCGCGAGAGGAAGAAGGAGGGUAAGAAGGGUGGGGAUUCGGAGGGUGGGAAGGGUGAGCAGGAUUAGCUGGUGGGGUUGCUGGGAGUGGAGGGGUAAUGAUUGUGGGUUUACGGCUGGGGGGAAGUGUCUUGCUUUUUGUGAGCGGCAUUAUUGGCGUUUUUUUGAUUGGGCGGUUUAUUGUGUUUGCUGGAUGACUACACUGCCUAGAUAUUCGGUAUGGUAUGGCGAAGAGCUAGAUGAGAUGGGAUGGUAAUCGGAUCGGAUCUUUGAGACGAAGCUGUUGGUGCGUUUGUAAGUCAUGGUGAAGGGUCCUCGAUAGGUGCUUACCUAUAAAUAUGCCCACAUCCGUCUUUCUCUUUCUCUUCC